UACUGUGCUGUGAUGUCCAGGGGAUUAUUCUAUUAUUGCUGGUUAAUUCGCUAUUAAAUUCAGUGUUACAUGUCUAAAAUAUUCUUCUAUUCAGUUCACAAUCCCUGUCGAGCAAAGUUGUGAGUGAGAGUGCCGUACCACGGUCCACGACUAGUGGUAACUGUUUAGGAGCAAAACUUCAGUCGGUUUGACAGCUGCGUUCAGAGGCAUUUACUCUGACAGGGCCAUCCUGCCAACGCCAUAAAGCAUUUUAUCACUCGCAUAAAACCCUUAGUGUGAAAGAACUACAGUGACCGAGGCCUCAAGCAGGGCAGGCCAAGGACUGGUGAGCGUGGGAUGAUAGCCAGUGACCAUAGGGUGUAGAUGGUGCUGGCGGCGGCUGCUGGCCACGAUGGGUGACCACAAGGAGAGCGCGUGCUACUUCUGCAAUGAGAUGUUCGAGAUGGGGAAGCUGCAGAAUCAUCUGAAGCAGUGUGGCAGCAUCCUGGAGCAGUGUCCACUGCGGUGCGGCGCGUGGAUACAGCGCAAACACCGCGACAACCACGUCGCAGACUGCCCGCAGAUGGAGAAGAGCCGAUCAUCGUCGUCACCGACGCACGCGCGCGCGUCGGAGCCGGCGCCGCCGCACACGUGGACGCCGCGCGACGCCCCGCCGUUCUCCGACGCCCUCACCUUCCUCGAGAAAGAGGUCGCCGCCAUCAAGCUGGUGGUAUCGGAGGAGGCGGGCGCGCGCGAGGUGCAGGCGACGGAGCUGGAAACCGUGCGCGCGCGGCUGGUGCUGCUGGAGGAGCGGUCCGCGCACUUCCUGCAGGCGGUCACGGCGCUGCGGGCCGCGGCCGACGGCGAGGCGGCGCGCGCGGCAGACCUGGCGGCGCAGUUCAAGCACGACCUGGCUAAUGUGCAGCUGGCGGUGCAGGAGGUGCAAAGCCAGCAGCUGUCGAUGGCCCUGCGGUUGGAGGGCGCGGAAUGCGGGCUGGCGCGGGAAGAGCGGGAGCGCGAGCUGCUGGAGCAGGCGCUCACGCACCAGGAUGGCAGGAUCCGCAGCAUGCUCCAGCUCGAGGAAGUGAUCGAGUACAUAAAGCAGACGGUAGAGGAGGAGAGCAAGCGGAACGCGGAGAGCCGCGCGACGCUGGAGGCUGAACUGGCGGAGGCGCGCCGCUCGUCCGCGCAGCUGGCCGACCUCGCCGCGCUCCGACACCAGAUACAAACCGCCGCAGAGAGACCGGGUGUGGACCGUGUGUCGGUGCUGGAGGUGUCUGUGGCGCAGGCGCGGGCGGAGGCGGAGGAGCAGGCGGCGCGCGCGGAGCUGCUGGGCCGCGACCUGCGCGCGCUCGCCAAGUCCUACCACAAGCUGCGCCAGGAGCUCGCCGACUUCCAGCACGCCGCCACGCUUGACAACCCGCUCUACGGCGGCGACGACGGUCAUCUAAUUUGGAGAAUCGACAACUUCUCCGCGAGAAUGAAGGACGCGAAGGAGAACGACACCGUACUGAGCAGCCCGCUGUUCAGGACGUGCAAAUACGGAUACACACUCAAGGCGGAGGUGCACCUGAACGGCAUCGGCAAGUGGAAGGGUCGGCACGUGACGGCGACGGCGCGCUGCGUCAGCGGCCCCUACGACGCGCUGCUCGCCUGGCCCGCGGACCUCACGCUCAGCAUCGUGCUGCGCGACCAGCCCGCCACCAGACAACAGGCCAUGGACAUAGUAAAGACGCUGGAGAUCCGGCGCAAGGCCCCGUCCCGGCGGCGCGAGUCGGACGCGGACGAGGGGCAGGCGGGGGCGGACGCGGGCGCGCUGCAGCUCAAGCGGCAGUACGUGUUCAUCCCGCACACCAGCCUCGACAAGUUCGACUACGUUAAGGGCGACGUCAUGUUCCUAGAGUUCACUGUUGUCAACUAAAGUGACCUAAAGAACUCGUAAUCGAAGGACUCACACACAUAACUGCGAAUUCGCAUCGCAUCGCAAAUUACUGCGACAAAA